AUGCUAAAGCAGAAGAUCGAUGAGCUUGCAACUAAAAUAAAGGACAAGGAAAAACGUAAGGAGAGGAUUGACACUGUCCUGAUGAGUGCAGCAAAGGCUCGUGACGAUGUUGAUUGGGAUACCCUCCCCGGUACGUGGCAAAAAGGCGAACAACUCUCCAAGGCUCGUGCUUCCGCCCUCCCUUUGGAACCCCCACAAUCCCAGCCUCAAUCCGAAUCCCUCGAGGAGACAGAACUAGACGCAGAUUCCCUCGCGCAAUCCAAUUUCGAAUCCCUAGAGGCGCAUGCGAAUUUCGCACCCAAAAUCAAACUUCCCGACACAUUGUACGCCAUAUUAGAAAGCCAUUGCCGUCCCUAUGAGACGUCUCGGAGCUCAACAGUGAGACCACUUACCCCAAUGCCUUCAUGGUCUUCUGUUUUGCAUCUCCUCCAAACCUAUCUUAGUGGCUUUCCCUACUUCAUAUCUUUGAACAAUUCGAUGGGACUAAGUAGGAGUAACAGUGUCCUCUUUCCCUCAACUGUUUUCCGGGAGCGUUUCUCUAAGGCAGCUGCUGCGGCGUACAUGAGGACAGAUAGGAGUAGGCGUCUGUGUGCUGAGUUUUGCUGCAGUGUUCGGAUUCUCUUUGACGCACUGCUGGAGGAGUACCUCCUCUAUCCCAAUGAAGAGAAAAAUCACUCGUGA